GAAAACUUCACAGGCAAGCUCGCAAUUGCGACGGGGGAUAAUUUUGCAAACAAAGUUUUAACGUAGUUGAAAUAACUCGAUAUCAAAUCGGAAAAAGUUGGAGAACGCGAGCUCCGCUUCUGAUAUUCCUCGCAUGAAUUAACGAAGAGAUAGUGUCAAACACUACGGCAGAUUUAAAUAUUUUAAAUAUCGUAUGUCACGAUAGAAAGUUUUCAGCGAUUUUUGUAUUCAGGAGAGAAGACUUUUUGCAUGCUCAAGAAACUCAAAGGAUACUGAAUAUCUUUCAUUGUUCAGACCUUUUCCCGUAUUUCUAUGUCAUUAAUUUUUUAUGCAUCCGUAAUGAAAGUUAGAAUUAUAGAAAUAGAGUUUCGCUGAUUGCAAAAUUUAUUCGAUUUUAACUGAAUGACACGCGUGACAUAUUGAACGACUGAGAAAGUUGAUAUCUAGCAGAAACGUGGAUCGAAAUGUCAAUCUUAGAAAAACUUCUUGAACCUUGACUUCAGGAAAUACACAUGAUUAUCGAUUGCAUAGUCACAUGUUGAUGUCUGUGUCAGUUACAACGAUAUUUUAUUAUUAGUCAACGUCGAUUUAAAGUCUUUUCAACAAAAAUGAAUUCAAGUUAUAGUUAAGCUAUAUCGCAAUCGAUCUUUAAACAGAGAAAGAGACCAGGAGCGGUGGACUUACAUAUUUAUUCUCAAUUUGAAUAUUAAUGAUUUUUUCGUACGCUUGAGUAUAAUGAGCGAGAAUCGGUGACCUAAAUUUGAACGGCAGAUCUUCCAGCAAACUCGGUUUCGAUUUUUGCUUAAAAAAGACUCCAAGAUUAUUCGUUUUUUGCGGCUUUCUGAAUAUUAAAUGUUUCGAUAAUUAUAUGAUUAUAUAACCCGAACUUCCAAUUCCUGAAAAAUAAAGUCUACUUUAUACUUAUGCAAUUAAUAAACUUUCGUUCUUUUUACUUAAUUACACUUUACGAAAAGCGAGGCAAUUUUUAUUCAAUAUUUCAUUCAAGAGGAAAAAUAAUUUCAAUAUUCCAAGCUUUAGAGGUAAUACUUUCACCAAAUGAUAUUUUGAUCUGGAAUAAAUUAUUUUCUCGAUGUAAAAUGUGUUUUUACUUUUUUUCUACCGGCUUCACAUCGUGUGCAUCACACAUCACGGGAUGUACUAGUAGAUUCUACCACGCCCACGUGAUGACGGCAUCGUAAAGCGUUUAGCACCUUGCCUGUACGUUCCGGCUGCAGAUUAGAUCAAGGACUCGCGGGUUAGAUAAUAAUUUCCUCGUCUUGUCUCUAUAUUGAUGGUCGCGAAUACAUGUCGUCACAUUGGAAACGAAAAAGAAGCGCCGGACGUUUGGCAUGACUUAAGCCACUUCCGGGAGCAAUUUGGAACGGCCGAAGCGAGCACAACAGAAAGAGAGAUAAAUAGAUAAAUAGAUCAAGAAACGGGCAUCGCAAGCACGAGUGCAAGAUGUCCGAGAGCGAGGCGAAACCGGCCUCGCCGAUACCGACGGUAACGUGUGUGCAAUGCUGCGGCGGCAGCGGUAGCAGCGGCGGCGGCGGCGGCGGCGGCGGAAGUGGUCCAACGAUCACGCAAUGCCCAGUUCUGCAGGUCACCUCGCGGAUGUUGCGCUCGCCGAGUCACGAGAGUGUCACCACCGACCUGUCGCUCUUCAGCGUGUCGUCGAUCGCGAGCGAUCUGCGCGGCGCCAACAGAUUGGUCACCUUCAAGUCCUACAGCGACGCGCAGCUCGCCGGACGCGGACCCUCUCCGAAACCAGACUCUCGACAGAUUCAGGGUAACAGGCCAGCGGACAUUCCCGAGAUUUUAUGGUUCGAGGAGGAGAACGAGUUGAUUCGCAGCUGCGGAGUUCUAUCGUCAGCGCUGGGACUGCGCAAGAGCUUCAGCACGAGCGAUGUGUCGCAGCUUCCCAGCCCGGACGCAGCUGGGGCCGGUGGUCUUCGAACGGCGGUGUCCGCUUUGGCUCUCGACACCGCUCAGCGCAACACUCUGUUGUUGGAGCACGCCAGACUCGAUCACGCCUCGAGGUCCUGCAGCACCUGGGUCGCCGUGGGCGAGCCCGUGGCCAGCACGUCUCAGCUUCCCAGUCCGCACGGCGGAACCGCGCAGGAGCCGCAACAGCAAUCGCAGCAACAGUCGCAGUCCUCCUCGAACGCUCAAUCGGUGCCGCAACUACCGCCGCAACCGCCGGCACCGCCGCCGCCGCCGCCUGUGCCAUUCACCGGAGCGGAUCUCGUCAGAUCCGUGAAUAAGAAAGUUCGGCAGAACUACAUACGACGAAGGUUACUAACUACUUACCGCGCUUUGGAGCGCCUUUCGCAGAGUGAGUUCAACCUAGAUCAACUAGAAGCAGCGGCCACCGCGGCUCAAACCUCUCAUGGAACCACUUUACUGGUGCCCGGAACGGCCGCAGGAGUUUCCGGUGCUUCCUUGAUCGGACGGAAAGAACGUAAUCACGCGCUGACAGUCCGGGACGUCGAGAGGGAACGCGGAAAUCAAUUAUCCAAAUACGAGAGGAACAUGAUGAUCUUUAAUUGGCUCCACACUCUAGACGACAGCGCGGUCGUAGAUAGCGUUGAAUAAGAGACAUGAAGAGCUAAAGCGUUUCUCUCACGACUCCGACAACCUCGUGCGACCUCGUGCCUAAAUCCCUUCCUCUUCGACAUUAUUUUAUCGAGGAUGCUUCGUCGAUACAGACACUAUAUUGUCGCAUCUCGGAGGAUACCGCUAAUGUGUAAGGCUUCUGGGGAUACGUAGUUAUAUAUUGAAUUAUGAUGUCUAUAAAGAGGAAAAUUAUACGAAUUUUUGUCUUACAUCAUUCAUUGAAAUUAAUUAGUUUCUUCGCAUGCUCCUCUAUUCACAUCCGAUAAAAUAGUAAAAUGAUAAAAUGCUUAAAAAAACUCAUUUUUCGAUUCUGCUUUAUUAAUAAAUGAUUAUAUAAUUUAAUCUACAUGUGUUUGUAUGAACUUCAUUGUAAAGAUUUACAAUUACUCUUUAUUUAUUAAUCGAAAACAGAGUUCGACAUAUUUUAUUUCACUUAUUUUAUCGAAUAUGAAUAGUAGUAUGAAAAAAAAACUAAUUUAUUUCAAUGCAUAUUGCAAGAAUAAAUCUACAAAUGUAGUAUAUAGUGCGAUUUCAUAUCAUAGUAUGAUUUUUUCACUUCUGAUCUCAUAAUUCAAUGUGACUGCAGUAACGAGUCAGAAGCUAAGCUAAAGUAAUUGUCGUAAGACAUCCGUCCCGCCUCGUCCGGCGAUACCGGCUGGUGUCGCUUCGACGAGCGUAUCCAAAGUAUAAACCGUAUACAGCGGAAGUUUUACUGGCUAUAUACAAAGCACGCACGCAAGAUGGGCCUUAUAGCGAAUUCGGCAUUGAGACAUAUUAAAAGCUGCUAAAUGUGCAAUAGUUUAUGUAAUACAACGGCAUAAUAUAAUCACAUUAACCGAUAAAUCUCCAGCAUGUAUUAUACCGAAUACUAUUAUUAUAUUAUUUAGUAAAAUAUGUCAGGAAUUUUAUCGAUCAAGGUACUUAUAUUGUUGCACUUGAAUAACUUCAUGUAUAGCAGCCUUUGGUAUGCACCAGUGUAGGGUAGGCGACCGAAUUUGCUAUUAGUUACAGACUGAGGAAUUAUUCAACUUGGAAAUAUCUCUAACGUAAUACGAGGAAUAUACACUUGAACGUGUGUACUCUUCGAAACGCUAGUGACCAGUUGAUUGUAGAAAUCUUUUAUUCGUAUCCAUAAUAUAUUUAUUGGCUAAGCUAAAAAAAAUAACGUUUGAAUUUAGAAAUAUUUCUACAAUACGAUAAUGCAAUUAAAUUAUAAUAUUUUUGCGAGAUUUCAUAUGAGUAGAACUCUUCUAAAACUCAACACUCGCGCAGAUUCAGUUACCAAGAGAUUUAGUAAUUUAAAAGCUAAUUUUAAUAAUUAAUAAUUUAGCAGUUCAGUAUAUAAUUCUGUGACAAAAUUUGUGCGUUAAAAAACAGCGUAUAAAUUGAAAGAACGUACGUCUUGUGUUAAGUACUUAGAUACAUAUCGAUGAAGUUUUUAUUAAUCGACAGAACGUAAAUGUGUCGAAAGAUAUCAAGUUGUUAUUUUUCAUGAUAAAACUGCAAUUAAAAUUGUAGACCAAAAACUACAAUGUUUUGUAUUCUCAGUCUGCAAUUAACAUUAACGAUAUCCGACUCAUACACAAGAUUUAUGAUGCGAGAUGCAAUCCGAAGAGCUCUACUUGUGAAAUAUAAACGAGACGAUAAUGCACACAUUUUAGUAUAUUCUGAUUUUUGUGAUCCGAGAUAUCCGGUACAAAGAACUAGUCAUUCCGUUUAUUCUAAAUAGAAGAGAUAAAACAUUAUUCAGAGUACAUGCAUAAGAAUAUUUGAUUUUAUGAUGCAUAUUCCAGCGUAAAUAGUAAAUCUGAAACAAUUACUUUUAUAUGUUUCGUCUGACGAUAUUAUAUCAGUAUUACGCGCCGUGACCAGGAGAUACCCAAACGUUUUUGGGUUAUUAAAUGGAUGUGCGAUCAUGAGUAAUGCGCUUUCAUGUAUAUUAAAUGUUCCUUCCAAAUGUGUAAUGUUCGCCAACAUCGUGAUAAUAUCUGUGGUGCAGAGUACCGAACAAAUAAAAGAUUUAUUAAAUA